AAGUUGUUGACGGGCUUAUACUUCUGUUAAAUUUUAUACAAUGGUGGUGUGCAAAUACUUUCAAGAAGGAUAUUGCCGCUACGGGCAAAACUGCCGUUUUGAGCAUGUGUAUGGCUCAAAAUACAGCUACCAUGCAAAUGCACCAACCAACCAGAGCCAACCUCCGAAGCAAGCACCGGGCGGGGUAACGGACGAGCAGCUAGUCCAACAAGUCCAGACCGACGUCCAAUCAGCAUUAAAAGGCGGACAGUGGCUGCUCUCUUGCUAUGCCCCGUUCAAGAAGCCCAACUUCCCUGGUCUCACUGACUUGUCAGCCGAGGAAGCUAGGUUGUUUAUUUACGAAGCUAAAGCUAAUAAUACUGUUGAACAGGCUGUGGCGUUCAUGAACAACUUAACGAAAGAAACAAGGAGCAAGUAUGAACAACUACUCACCACCUCACCGCACCUAUUACGGAGCCUCUACAACGGUGAACCUGUGUCAUCACCAUUCACUAGUGGCCAAACACCUCAAAACGUCUUCGGGCAAGCUAACAACGCGUCAUCAGUGUUUCGCAGUGCUGUACAAGAUACAGCAAAAUCAAUAUUUUCUCAAGCGACGCAGAAUGUUUUUGGAUCGCCGCCAGCUCAAAACCAAAGUAUAUUUGGGGUGCAACCACAGAAUCAAAGUCAAUUUGGUGCACAAACGCAAAAUCAAAGUCCAUUCGGAGCACAAACACAAAAUCAAAGUCCGUUUAGUGCACAACCUCAGAGUCAAAGUACUUUUGGUGCACAGAAUGUCUUUGGUAGUCCAACACCACAGUCCAUCUUUGCACAGGCUAACAGUUCCGUAGACCCGGCAAAAUCUUUAUUCGCACAAGCUAACAGUCCAUCAGACCCUAAGUCUCUCUUCGCUCAAGCCACUGCUCAAAGUCAAUUUGGCACUGCCCCUGCCUCAGCAUUCAAAAGCCCAUUUGAACAACCAUCUCCUUUCGCUCAAAGUUCAGCUUUCCAAACGAAUGCUAGUAAUGCUCCUUCAAACAUAUUUGGGCAAGCGAAUGUAUUUCAACAGACGCCCGGAAACGAUCCAGCAGUGUAUAGUAACAUAAAUGACGUGUCUCCUGAGGACCUGGAAAUGUUUAAGGCGGAUAGUUUUAAAUUAGGCUUCAUACCGGAAAUGGCUCCACCGCAUGCUUUAUGUGUUUGA